GGCGAAACCCGUCGGCUGCGAGAGAUGGUGCAUGCCACGAAUAAGCAGCGGCCGUUCGACCGCAUCUGGCUAGCGGAAGAGCAUGGGGGGCUCAACUGCAGGGGGACCUUCAUGGUGCUGAUGGAUUGCGCAUUGGAAGACGUUGGUACGUCAGAGAGGGGGUCUGCUGACCUGUGUGUGACGGUAUGUAUCUAUGUGUGUGUGCAGGCCUCACGACGAGGGGACCCCCCGACCCUGUGCGCCAGAAUAUUAAGGCGCUCGCAGAGGUCUAUGCCUCUCGGCCCUUCAGUCACAUCGAGGUCUCGGCCAGGGCACUUGAGCGGAUCUGGCAGCAGUGCUGCAAAGAUGAAAGGUCCGAGGCAAGUGCGGACCGACGAACGUAUGGUGACCAUCUGUGUGUGUGUGCGCGUGGUGGCAGGGACUUCGAACAGUUCUACCUCGACAUGUGGAGUCAGAUUAACAACGGAAGUGGUGCGCACAGCGCCGACUAACGAACGAAGGAAAGCACUCGCGCUGGACACAGCUACAUCCAUCCCUUUUGUGUGGGGCCGGUGUGUGUGUGUGUGUGUUUGUGUGUGUGUUUGUGUGUGUGUUCAGAGGCGCAUGUCCAGGAGGCCUACGGUGUCCCCCUGUGGAUCGAACUCGAGGACGAGUCCAGCCUGGACACCAUGCAUAUGAUGGCCGAAGAGCUGGACGUGGUGGCCAUCUCGGAGAACCGCUUGGGCAACUGGGAGAUUUCAGACGAGGAGCCAGACCCACACGCGCUUUACUGCGACGUCGUAGAAGGAGACAAAUAGACCAGACAGACAAAUCCCGAACACCCGACGGCGGGGGGCGGGGGGAUUUUAAUCAUGCAGUCAGUGACUUGCAAGGUAGUGAGGGAGUGAGCCAGCAAAUCUGCCCACGGCCAGCAGUGUUUUAUGGCGUGGUGCGUGUGAGAGAGAAUGUGUGUGUAUGUCAUCAGUGGUUGGGGCUUGGUGGGGCCGAUUGGUGAGGGGCGGAUUGAAGCAUAGGUCUCCUUCCUGUUUGUGUGUGUACAUAGAUUAGAUUGGUGACUUCUGGCUGGCACGGCACGGGACACACUGGUUCCCUGUUCAGACGCUAUUCAUCAACAUCGAUCACAGUUCUUCUGUGCCAGCCAGCUGACGUGUUUGUUGAUUGCACUGCACACGGUCUGUCGGUGGCAGGCAAAGACCGACAAACAGAUUAUUGAC